AUGGUUAAUCUUUUCUUGCGCAGUCAGAUAUCUGUCCUUGCAAUACAAGAACACCGAGUUGUGCAUGAUGAAGAAGUCAAGAUAGAGAGGCACAAGAAGGGAGUCCACCUAAUAACAACUUCAGCAUGGAGAAACAGAGCACAAGCGUCUACAGGAGGAGUGGGAUUCCUGCUGACUAAACAAGCCUUUAAUGCAGUUAGUCUUAUCAAGACCUAUAGUAAGCGCUGCAUGCUUGUGUCGUUGGACGGAAACCCAAGAUUAACCAUAAUCUCUGUGUAUAGUCCAACGGAAUCCGCAACUGUCGAAGAAGCCGAAGAGUUUCACGACUGCUUGAGAGCAGCAGUAAGGGAGGUCCCCUCUCAUCAUCUACUACUUGUGAUAGGAGAUCUUAAUGCUCACCUCAGCAAGUUGAAUGGUGAAGAUACGGGAUGGUACUGGCAUCAAGUGACCAAUCGUAAUGGUCAUCUGCUCAGGGAUACACUGCUGGAGGGAGAGUUAGAGGCGACGAAUCAUCGUUUUCAGAAGAGUCCUGGUAAGCAGUGGACUCACCUCUCAGAUGGAGUACUAACUAGGAGCCAGAUUGACUAUGUCCUGGUACGGAAGAAGUGGAGGAGCUCAAUAAAGAACACCGAGCCAUGCAACUCUUUCAAUUCCCUGGGCUCUGACCAUCGGGCAGUACUCUCAACUGUAAAGCUCAGUCUUCGAAAGAGCAUAAGUCCACCACGGGUCACACGUUACGACUUCAGUCGUCUCAAAACUGAUCAAGAGUUACAGAUCAAGUAUGGAGUUGAAGUUAGAAAUAGGUAUAGUGCACUCUUGAGUGAGGUGCAACUAGAUCUAGGUCCUACUAAUGACGUCACCACUAAGUAUGGGAAGUUUAUUGAAGCAGUGAAGUAUGCAAAUAGGAAGCAUCUUCCGCAUAAACCUAAGAAGCGGUAUGACGAUCCUGCCAACGACCCAAGAGUAGAGGAAGCCAGAAGCAAAUUGUUUGCUACCAAGGAGACCUACCAUCUGGAUCCUUGUGAAGACAACAGACAGACAGUUGCCGAGGAGAAAGACACUCUCUCUGCAUGCUACCGUACUGUGGAGGAAGAGCUGCUUAAACAGAAAAUAAGUAAAGCUGAAAACGCAGCCGAUAGAUGCAAGAACAAAGAGAGCCGGAAUCUUGUUAAUGAGGUCACUGAUGCGGACUUUGCUGACGACCUUGCUCUUAUAACAGAUAGUGUUGCGGAGGCACAAGAUUUCCUCAGGAGUCUGGAACUGGCGGCCAACUCAGUUGGACUCCACCUCAACGAGGGGAAAACUAAGUACAUGGGAAUCAACAUAAGAGAUGAUGAUAACCCGACUCUGGUUGCUGGGAGUGGGAAGAACAUUGAGAAAGUCGAUGACUUCGUAUAUUUGGGUAGUAGAAUGAAGAGUUCGGAGAAGGACUUCGAAGUGAGGAAAGCUAAGGCAUGGGGAGCGUGUCACCAGAUGAAGCUUGUAUGGAAGUCAGAUAUGCGUAGAGAUCUCAAGAUACGACUGUUCCUGGCUACAGUCGAGUCCAUCCUUCUAUAUGGCUCUGAAACAUGGACUGUCAGCCAGACCCUCGCAAAACGUAUUGAUGGAUGUUAUACGAGAAUGCUGGGGAUGGCACUGAACAUUGACUGGAAAGAGCGGCAGACUAACGCCAAGGUGUAUGGACACCUCAUCAGAGCAUCUGAUAAGAUAGCUGCACGGAGGAUGAGACUCGCAGGUCAUUUAGCCAGACAUGAAGAACUAUUGAGUCAUCAACUUCUCUUCUGGGAACCCCUUCAAGGACAUCGUCGAAGGGGAAGACCACAUCUCACAUACAUUGACAUCCUUCGGAAGGACACGGGGCUUGACGACAUCAAAGAGAUUAACAAACUCAUGCUGGAUAGACAGAUUUGGAAGAAGACUAUUUCUGUUCGGACGCUGAAGCCGCCCUAA